AGCAAUCGUACGCACCACCCAAACAAGGAUACAUAUCUGUCCUUCACAUAUCAACCAAUGAGUCGGCCAAUUGAUGGGCGCCCACCAGACAGGCAGCCAGCCAGCGGUGGACGCAGCCAGCCAGCCAGCCAGACAGCCAGGCAGGCAGGCAGGCAGGCAUUUUCCCUUCACUUGUUUGUCUACUACGUGGAGCCCUCACUCCCCUACUGUCUGUUCCUCUCUCCCUCUCUGUCUGUCUGUCUGUCUGCCUUACACACACACACACAUACACACCUACACGCGUGUGAACAACUAACAAGAUUACAGCACUCAUCUCUCUCUCUCCCUCUCCCUCGCUCAGGGUCUUUUACGCAGUCACACACACAGUCAGACAGUCAGUCAGUCAGUUAGUGUGUGUGUAUGUGUAUAAGUGUGUGUUAAGGAGGCAGGCAGGCAGGCACGCAGGCAGGCAGCCAAGCAGUCGCUUUCAAUCAUAUCAUGGCGGGACAGACAGAAAGACAGACAGACAGACAGCCGAAAAGGAGGCAACACUCACACGCAUGCCGUCAUGUAACUCAGUCAUUGUAAGAAGUAUGUAGUCAUUACUCAGUGUCGGUCGGUCGGUUGGCAUCUGUUGGUCGUGGGCCAAUCAAAUCAUCAGGCAAGGGAUUUGCAACGGAUGCGUCUCGCUAAGCAGCCAGGAAAUACCAGCGAGUCGAUCGACCGAUCGAUCGGUCGAUCGUCCUCCUUACACAAGAACAACAGAGAGAGAGAAAACCAGCAGCAAAGGGGGAAGAGCCCAUCCCUCCCUCCCUCCCUCCCCCCUGCCGCCAAGGUGUGCGUGUGCCCUUCCCAUCUACACAGCACGCCCAAUCAACGUAUCCCAGACCCACAGCUGAGACGUGGGCCAGAAAUGCGUUCAUUGCGUGGCUGGUAGAGGAAGAGGGCACAUACGACACACACUCGGCAGCUCAGCAAUAGGUGGAAUCACACCGAUUCUUUCCAUACAUUCCUGCAUCCCUCCAUCCAUCCAUCCCUGACCUGACUGGCUCGAUGUGAGUGUUGCGGGCCUCCCUCUGCUGCCGUGUGUCUCACCGCCCCCCAAUCCACGAAGACAUCCAACCACAGAGGAAUGAUUGGCUGGCUCGGUGGAUGGCGACUGGUGGAACUCUCGGCAGCAAGAAAGCACCGACCACACAAACACACAAAGGUCUACACAGCAAACCCGCUCCAUCCAUCCAUCCAUCCAUCCACCAUGCUCCCCCUCCCCCCCAGCGUCCCAUCAAUGGAUCGAUUCACACACCAGACAGUCACGCACACACAGCAGCAUCCGUUCAAAACACCCUAAUCACACCCCCACCCCCCUCCCGCCGUCGGUCGAUCAUGCGUUAAAAAUCUGUGGCCCGCCGUACUCCUUGGCGGCCACCGCGGGGCCGUGGCUGAUGAUGGCCUUGAUCGAGUGCAGACCCCUCUCGGCCGCUGGGUCCAACCCGCCCCCCGCACCACCCGAUGCUGCCGCUGCCGCUGCCGCUGCUGCUGCUGGGGUGGUCUUCUCGGCGUGGGCAGCAUUGGCCGCGGUGGCGAUGGUGGCCUGUGGCUGUGGUGCGGCGGUGGAGGCGUUUGUGUCGGUGCUGCUGCCGUUGGUGGUGGUGAUGGGUGGCUGGCUGGAGGGGUGUGAGGGAGAGGUUGAGGGGGGCUGGGGGGUGGGGGCCUUGUCAGUCACCUUGCUGGUGGUGCGGCUAGCGUCAGUCGUCUCCUCACACACAACGGCCUGUAAUGGAGAAAGAAACAGAGACCUAUCCAAUCCAUGCGAAGAGACGAAGCCCCUCUCUCUCUUUCUCUCUCUGUCCACUCGGUGGUUACCUUUUCGGCCUCUGCGAUGUCUGCCUUCUGUGUAUUAGGGGUGUUGGGUGCGACCUGCUGCUGCACGUUGGUGUGGUCGGGUGACGGCUGGCCGCCGAGCUCGCCGGUCGUCGGGUCGCCGCCCGAUGGCGCCCACACCGAUGUGUGUGCAGCGGGCGCGUUGGUGGCCUCGGACGGCACAUAACCUGACACCACACCAGACACACACACGCAUGCAGAGAGGUGUUCCGUAUGUUGGGGGUAUGUUGAUGCGUGGCGAGUGACUGACUGACGGACCUUCGCUGCCCCCCGGCUGCUGCUGCUGCUGCGUCAACCCCUCCCCGGCUGAGCCGCUCGCCCCUCCGUCCCCCUGCUGCUGCUGGUGGUGGUGGUUGCCAGCUAGUGUGCUCUGGGCGAGCUUCAGCUGCAGCUUCUCCAUCAGCAGCCGGAUGUCCUCCGGAUUGGCGAGGUUGGACACCAGCGACUCGAGCGCGUCCUUAGCAGGCAUCAUCUGUGUGUGCUGCUGCUGGGCGGGGGUGUAGGGGUAUUGCUGCUGCUGCUGCUGCUGGUACGCGUUGGGGUAUGCCUGCUGCUGGUGGUGGUCCUGUGUGUAGGGUGUGCCAGUGGUGUGCGGGGCGAAGUAUGCGGCCGAUGAGGCGAUCUGGCCGUUGUGGCUGCUGGGGUAGGGCUGCUGCUGCUGCUGCAUCUGCUGCAUGUGCUGGGUGGAUGCCAGGGAGUUGGGCGAGACGUCCGUGGGGCUCUCCUGACCCAUCGUCGACCCACACGACGAACGUACACCUGCACAACACACACACCGACAUAGACGACCGCACAAUCAAUCGUAGGCCAUGUGGUCUCCCUCCCUCUCUACGUGUGUGUGUGCGUGUGUGUGUGUGUGUGAGGCGUACUGGCAGUCAUGGCCAUGGCCAUCCCUCCGAUGGUGCCGUUGGCUGCGUUUGGCAGCUGGUCGGCCCGCUGGCCGUGGGGAGGGGGCGGCUGCGGCUGGGGGACAGUGAACCGCACCGCCGCCGACGGGAACCACCCACUGCAGCCUUUGUUGCGACCUUGGGUGCACUUGCCAUACGUCCUUGAACGCACACACACGCAUUCACGCAGAAGCUUCAAGAUGGAUCGCAUCUCUCUCUCCCUCCGUCUCUCUAAGUGACGGGUGAUGUGUGACGCACCAGUCAUUGGCUUUGUGGAUGGUGACCAGCACCUGGUCCCCCCGGUUGAGGAAGAGCAUCCUCUCCGUGUGCCUGAAGCCCUCCAUCGGCUGGAAGUCGUCGAUGAUCUCGGCGGGGGUCUCGCUCAUGGUCACCGGGACGCCCACCUGGCCCUGGACCUGCUGACCCACCCCCACCAGGCCGUCCAUGGCCGCCGCCGCCGUGGCGUCGGCCGGCUGCCCCACUGCCGCACCCAUGCCGCCCACACCCAUGCCGCCAACACCCACACCCAUGCCGCCAUCAACGUACCCGCCCUCAGCACCACCUGACGAUGACCACACCACACAGAGAUCCAUCCAUCCUGUUGGCUGUGUGUGGAAGGGCCACUGACCCGUCAUGAGCCCUGUGGCGUAUUCGUUGAUCAUGUUUUGUUGUCCCUGUGUGGGGUAGAGUAUGGUGGGCUGCUGGUAGCCGUAGGGGACGCCUGGCUGCGGCCCCAUGGGCUGGUGCGACGCGCUGGGCGGGGGCGGCUGCCCAUAGCCGGGCGCGGGGGGGUGGUACCCGUAGAGACCCGGCUGACCGUUGCCCGACGAUUGACCACCUGCAGUGAGGGCACACAUCCAUCCACCAUACACCAUACACCACAGAGAGAGAGAGAGGGAGAGAUGGAGACAGAAGGGGUUGUGUGUGUAUGUGUGUGUGUGUGUAUGUGUGUGUGUAUCCCCCUUCCCCUCCCGUCUGUCCGUGUCCGUGUCCGUUUCUCACAUACCUGCCAUGGGCAUGUGGAUGGGCACUGCCUGGUUGGCCGGGUUGCCGAAGGGCCGCCACGGCUUCUGCGGGCCCCCACCGGCCGGGUCAUGCCGCAGCACCCUCCUGCCGCCGCCCAUCUGCUCCUCGGGCAGGGGGUCGCCUGUGCGCUCGACGAGCGAGACGCCCUCGAUGGGCGGGAUGUCGAUGCCCUUGGUGUACGGCAGCUUGUAGGCGCGCAGGGCACGCUUCUCGGCGAACCCGUGGAUGAAGGGGCAGUAGUAGGUGUCGCAACCGCCCUCCUGGUACUUUUGGCAUAUGUGCCUGACAGACACGAUGGACACACACACAGAGGGAGAGACGGCAUGAGACAGACAGACGAAUGUGUGGGUGUGGGGGUGUGUGCAUGCAUCUGUGCCACAGAGACACGAGCCUGCCUGUGAGUGCUCUGCCUCUCUGCACUCGCCCCGCCUCUCCCCUGCCUCCCCCCCCCCCCCGCGCACCACACACGCCCCGCCACACAUGCGCCACAAAUGCAGUCAGUCAUUUCGUCUCCCCGGCUCACAUUUUGUAGAAUAGCGGGUGGUAGACAAUCUCCUCGUUGGAGUGUGCGAAGGGGCAUGACCCUCCCCUCUUGCACCUGUUGGAGAGAAUCUCGUCGCUCAUGCCGAGCGACACGUCGGGGCAGGCCAUGGGCACAUAGCGGAGGCAGUCGGGGUCGCUGAGGUAGAAGGGGCACCUGCGAGGCCAGUAGUCGUUGUGGGAGUACUGGCACCGCCGGCUGCCGAAGUCGCAUCCCUCGGGCGCCUUGACGCGCCGACACGGCUUGGUCCUGAAGCGAGAGAGGUCCUCGUCAGACAGCAGCGACGAACACGCCAUGCCGACUGCACUAUCGCCGACACACACUAGGCCGUCACAACAACAACAAAACCCAAGUGCAGCACCCAAAAGGAGAAC